CUUGCUCUUCGCCACCUAUCCUGGCUAAUAUGAGCUUUCCAAAAUGACGGAAACAAGUGCGUCGCCAGAGGAUCCCUGGCUCAAAACCGACGGCACUUUUAGUGACAACGGAUUCGACCACGCUUUCUUUUCUGAGACUUCCCGCAAGGGUUCUGUGGUCUCCCGAGCCAACAGUAUAGGAUCCACGAGUGCCUCCUCAGUACCAAAUACAGAUGAUGAAGACAGUGAUUACAGACAUGAGAGCACAUACAAGGAGGCGUACAAGGACCGCAGGAGACAAGCGCACACGCAGGCGGAACAGAAACGACGAGACGCUAUUAAGAAAGGCUAUGAUGACCUGCAGUCUAUCGUCCCCACCUGCCAGCAGCAGUCUGAGUUUGCCAUGGCAACGCAGAAGAUCAGCAAGGCCACAGUACUGCAGAAGACCAUAGACUACAUUCAGUUCCUUCAUAAAGAGAAAAAGAAGCAAGAAGAGGAAGUGUCCACUUUGAGAAAGGAAGUGAUGGCUCUGAAGAUUAUGAAAGCUAACUACGAGCACAUCGUGAAGGCGCACCAGAACAACCCCCAGCAGGGUAGUGAGCAGGUGUCGGAUCAGGUGAAGUUCAGCGUCUUUCACAGCGUUAUGGACUCGCUCUUCCAGUCCUUCAGCACCUCCGUCUCGGUCAGCAGUUUCCAGGAGCUCUCGGCCUGUGUCUUCAGCUGGAUCGAAGAACACUGCAAACCACAGACCCUGAGGGAGUUUGUCGUGGACGUGCUGCAGCAGCUGAACGGUCAGCUGUACUGAGGCUUUGCCGCCCCCGCCCCCAACGGCCAUGGAGUUAACGUUCGCUCCACACACACAUGCUGCUCUCUGCCAGCAGGACUCCUCUGUACCCGCCAGCAUUACAGGCAGCCGGCUCUUAAACAUCCAUCGCAACGCACCAUCCAGUGGUCAAAGCUUUAAAAUGCAAGUCAUGUAAAUACAGCGUGAAUGUUUAGUAACUGCAAGCCCAAGCAAACUUAUUGCCCUGGGAACCUGGCUGGGCUGAUUUGAACUUUAACCCCUGAUGCAGGACAUGUCUGAGAGGGCUUCGUUAGUGCGAGCUGCUUAAGCCUGUAGUGUGCCUAGACUUCAGCUGAAAGCAAAGUCUUGCGUUUGAUCAGUAACUAAGCUGUCCAGAGUCCACAUAUAAAUCACAUCACUAAAACGAAACCUGCGAGUCGGAGCAUGCUUGAGCCACUUUCUUACUUUCUUUUCAUCCAGAUAGGUCAUAUUUAACAGGCCUGGCGAUGCUUUAAGCUUUUAAGCCAUAUUGUGCAAUUGGGGAAACAGGAAGUGCUGGACCAAGCGGAGACUUGGAUUUUUAUUUUUUAUUUUGUGUGUAAGUAAAAUGCACCUGUUUCACAGGGUGUGUAUCUGCAUCUCUUGAAACCAAUGCAAUAAUGUCAGUGUUUAUUUCCUUGGAGGUUGUAUCUGCCUGAUUUGUUUAAAGUCCGUGCGCGCAUGCGGUCUUGCUUACCUCUGAUAUCAAGCUCUCCAGCUAUGGGUUUGAUAUGUGAAAUGUGAUCUAUAUCACUGAAAUAUUAAACACCAGCUCCAUUUCAUGACGCUGGUGUGCACUCUAAUCAUAUUCUCUUACCUCACAUCUUAAAGUAGGUUUUUGCUUGGAGUUUAGUGUUUUAAAUCCCAGAUAAAGGAAGCACAGAGUUUUAGUCCUUAAUUGUUUUUUGGAUUGAUUUCUGAGUGCAGAUGAAAAGUGAAGAACCAGGCACUUCAGCUGUCUCUUAGGGU